ACCAGGUAAAGGUGAGCUGCUUCGACGCGUCCGAGCUCAGGGAAACAUGCGGAUGAAUUCCUCGCCUCUUUAUCUUCUCACUUUGUAGGCCAACUGUGCAUCAAGGAAAAUGGUGAAAGAAGUACCGGAGUCGGAAAACCGGCCCGACAACACCGCCUUCACCCAGCAAAGACUUCCUGCAUGGCAGCCGAUACUCUCUGCAGGGAUUGUAAUCCCAAUGUUUGUUCUGAUUGGCCUGGCAUUCAUCGGCAUUGGCGUCGCCCUCUUUGUCACCUCUCGAAGCAUCCAGGUGUUGGAGAUCGACUACACUGGGGUUGAGCCAGAAUCACCUUGCUUCAGGUGCUCUAGCUCAGAUGUCAACAACUGUAAAUGCAACCUGGCGUUCUCUAUUGACGUCCUGUUUCAGGGGCCUGUGUUUUUCUAUUAUGGCUUGAAAAACUAUUUUCAGAACUACAGAAACUAUGGGGCAUCCAAAGAUGCAAAGCAGCUUUCUGGAGAUGUGGAUAAAUUCACAGAUCCUGCAGUCGAAUGUGCUCCCUAUCGGUUUGAUAGUAGUGGGAAACCAAUUGUGCCAUGUGGAUCAAUAGCAAACAGCUUGUUCAAUGACACCUUCAAGCUGUAUCAGAUUGUCAAUGGUGCAAGGAAAGAGGUGCCAUUGGAUGGGAAAGGGAUUGCUUGGUGGACAGACUACAAUGUGAAAUACAGGAACCCCUCUAUCACACCUCUGAGGAAUGCCUUCAACGGCACUGUGAAACCUGUGAACUGGCCCAGACCUGCCUACGAGUUGGACACAACUGACCCUGCUAAUAACGGCUUCAUCAACCAGGACUUCCUGGUGUGGAUGAGGAGGGCAGCCCUGCCGAAUUUCAGGAAGCUUUAUCGACGAAUCACGGAGGGGGAUUAUUCAGAGGGUCUCCCGGCUGGAAAUUACACACUGGAAAUUUCCUACAACUAUCCUGUUCUGAAAUUUGAUGGGAGAAAAACGGUGGUCUUCAGCAACGUGUCUUGGAUGGGAGGAAAGAAUGAGUUCCUGGGCAUCGCUUACCUUGUGAUUGGUUCAUUGUGUGUGGUUAUGUCCAUCGUCAUGCUCAUCGUCUACGCUAAAUUCAAGUUCCCUGAUGAGGAUUGAGAAGCUGGUCAUUGACUGUGGAUUACAGCAGUUUUAUCAGAAAGUUAUUGCCCCUUUUGUUAGAUUGUUUGAUACACAACGUGAUGCUGAUGCAUAAGACUAGAGCCCACUAGUGAAUCUUAUUUUAAUCUGAAAUUAAGAUACCUUCUUUUAGAAAAGCUUUGUGAAUACUUGAGUUACUUGUUGUCCAAGGGCACAUUUAUGAAAUGAGGCUAAACUCUCAUAUCUUUUAUUUUUUUUAAUAGGUUCCUCCAUUAUUAAAAGAUAAGCUGCAUUCUCAGGUUAGGUCUUGUUACUGAUUUAAGCCAUAGAUGAAAUGAAAAGCCAUUUUACAAAUUACAAUCAAUGUGUGUGGGAUGUGAAAGCUAAUGUGAAAAGCUCCUUUAACUCAGGGAUCUGGUUCAUUGACUGUCUUUUCUAUGUCACUUUUGCUGUUUUCUAAAAUCUUGUAAUGGUUUUAACCAAAUAUUCUCUGAACCAGAUGUUUUACUUUUUUGCUAAUAUUUAUUAAAUUGAUAAAACAAAAUACUAUGAUGUUUCGUGUCUUC